GGCGGAGCGAGGAAGAACGUUCCCAAGGCUGGGAGUCCUUGAAGCCGCUCCAGGAAAGCCAUGAGGCUUUCGCGCUGGAUAAAGAGAACAGGCCUCCAAGAUGUCUAGAGCGUCCUCGGUAUGGAGACGGGGGGCCCGGAUUGGACUGAGCACCCGGAGAGUGCUUCCGGUCCUGGGCUGGAACCAGGGAAUGAGAGGCUGAAACGCGUCCGCCGCCGCCACAGGCCUCGGGGGACCCCGCACUCAGGAUCCUGAAAUAGUUGCUGAAAAUAAGCAGUCCACUCCAAAAUGGGGAAUUUUAUGAAGAAAUAGGACCUAUGGGGAUGAUAUCCUGAAGAGACUAAAGAGGUGAUCCCAUGGCAUAUAAGUUUGGGGAUCCUUGUGCACAUGAAGGCAGAUUAAAGAGACAGCAAGAAGAUCCAUCUAGGCAGAAAUUAAGAAAAUUCCUUUCUCAGGAUGGAGAUGUCACAAAAAUGACCAUUGUCCACAGGAAAAACACCUUGGGAGAGAGAGCCAAGGGAUGUAAUGAAUUUGGUAGAAAAUUAAAUCUGAACUCAAACCUCAUGACACAUCAGAAAAAACCUAUAGAAGAGAAAGUACAUCAGUGUGACAUUUGUGGUAAAAAUUUCAAAUAUAAUUCAGACUUAAUUGUACAUAAGAGAAUUCAUACUGGGGAGAAACCUUAUGAAUGUGAUACAUGUGGGAAAACAUUUAGCCAGAGCUCACACCUAAGUAGACAUAAUCAAAUUCAUACUGGUGAGGAAGCCCAUAAGUGCGAUAUAUGUGAAAGAAAUUUCAAAUACAAUUCAGACUUAAUUAUCCAUAAGAGAAUUCAUACAGGGGAGAAACCUUACAAAUGUGAUGAAUGUGGGAAAACCUUUCGCCAGAGCUCACACCUUAAUAGACAUCAUCGAGUUCAUACUGGAGAGAAACCCUAUGAGUGUGAUGAAUGUGGAGAAGCUUUUGGACUCAAAUCACACCUUUUUUUACAUGAAAGAAUUCACACUGGAGAGAAACCUUAUAGAUGUAAUGAAUGUGGGAAGAUCUUUAGCAGAAGCUCAACCCUUAUUCAGCAUCAACAAAUUCAUACUGGAGAGAAGCCCUAUCAGUGUAAGGAAUGUGGAAAAGCCUUUGGACUAAAAUCACAUCUUAUUUUGCAUCAGAGAAUUCACACUGGAGAGAAACCUUAUAAAUGUAAUGAAUGUGGGAGAGCUUUUAGUCGGGCCUCAACACUUAUUCAACAUCAAAUAAUCCAUACUGGAGAGAAGCCUUAUAAAUGUAAUGAAUGUGGGAAAGCCUUUAGUCAAAGCUCAUCAUUAGCUCAACAUAAAAAAAUUCACACUGGAGAAAAGCUCUAUGAAUUUUUUUCAAUGUGACAAAGCCUUCAAUCUAAAUUCAAACCUCAUCCAACAUCAGUAAAUUAACACUGAAUUAAAAAAUCAUGAAUACAACAAAUGUGAAAAUUUUUAAUCAGAGCUCUAGCCCUUUUCUACAUCAGAGAAUUUACAAUGGAGAUAAACUGUACACAUCUGCUGAAGUUGGAUAAGCUUUUGGUUUUAACUCUUGCCUUACUCAACAUCAGAAAGUCAGACCCAAUAAGCAACUUAAAGUAUAGUGAAUGGGGCAAAUCCUUUAGCUGGAGAUCAGCCUCUACUUAACAUCAAUAAAUUAAUAUGGGAGAGAAAUCCCAGUAUAAUUAAUGUAGUCAAGUCUUUAAUCAGAGCUUACAGUUUAGCCUACAUCAAAGAAUUUACAUUGGAGAGAAAACUCAUGAAUGUAAUGCAUGAGUCUUUUAUUCAAUCAUUCAAAAAGCUUUAUUAAUUACCUUGCUGGGUUCUGGCAGUACAAAUACAAAAGUGAGACUGUCUUUACCUUCCAGAAGAUGAUACUUGAUACAGCAUCAUAAAGUUUACACUGGAAAGAAUCCUUUUGAGUGCAAUACAUGUGAGAAUGCCUUUGUUCACAGCUCAAGCCUUAUUAUAUACUGGCAAGUUCAUAGAGAUAUUUUGUGUAUAGUGAAUAUGGAAAAGCUUUUAGUUAUAAUUAAAAUAUUCUCCAUUAGAGAAUUGACACUGGAGAGAAACCCUAUAAAUAUAAUGAAUGUAGGAAAGCCUCAAGAACCUCACCUUACUAAAGACCAUAAAAUUCAUAGUGGAGGGAAAACCCAAUGCAUGUAAUAACUUUUCAGUUGGAUUUCAGAUAACUUGGUGGAGAAAAGUUCUAUCAUUGUAAAGAAUAUAUUUUUUAAAACCCUUUAGUCAAAGUUCACAACUUAUACUGCAUCAGAAAAUUCAUAUUGGCUAGUAUUUCCAUAAAUAUAAUCUGGAAAAUAUCUUAAUGGGACAUUGUUUUAUUUGAUAACAUGAAAUCUAUAUUGAAUGAAUAAAUGAAAAAGCACUUAAGUUCUUACUAUGUGGCCAACUACUAUGCUAAGCACUGAUGAUACAAAAGCAAAGACAGUCCUUGAAUUCAAGGAACUUACAUUUUAAAAGGAGAGGACAAUACACAUUGGGGA